CCAGAAAGCCUAAUAACCUAAACCGAAUUGAACCGGAAACGCACCAAAAACUAUAAAUCCACGCCGAACUUAUCCAGCUUCUCAUAAACCCUUAAGCCGGAUUUCAUCAUCUUCACCGUGAAAGAUGCAAGACGAUGAGGUUAUAUGGCAGGCUAUCAGACACAACCACUGCAGUUACAUGGCCAAAAUCGAAACAGGAAUAUUCUGCAGAAACCCUUAUAACGUAACAGGUAUCUGCAACCGAAGCUCUUGCCCUCUUGCCAACAGUCGCUAUGCCACCAUCCGUGAUCACGAUGGAGUGUUUUAUUUAUAUAUGAAGACAAUAGAGAGAGCUCACAUGCCAAAGAACUUGUGGGAGAGAAUAAAGCUGCCUAGAAACUAUGAGAAGGCCCUUGAACUCAUUGAUAAGCACUUGUUGUACUGGCCCAAGUUGUUACAGCACAAGGUCAAACAAAGACUGAACAAAAUGACUCAGAUCCGUAUUCGUACUAGAAAACUUAAUCUCAAAACAAGGGAGAAGAUAAUGACUAUGGCAAGGAGGGAUAUAAAGAGAGAGCCAAGAAGAGAGGAAAAGGCUUUAAAAGCAGCACAGUUGGAGAAGUCCAUUGAAACAGAGUUGUUAGAACGUUUGAUGAAAGGCGUUUACCCUAAGAUACUCGAUUACCCAGAGCUUGUUACUGAUGUUCAAAAGGAAGUUGAAGUAGAAGAAGAAGAAGAGGAGGAGGAGCCAGAGAUUGAAUAUGUUGAAGGCUAUGAUGAACUCUUGGAAGAAGUAGAAGAAGAUAUUGAAGAUUUCUAUGGUGGCUUCCCAUCUAAGGAGUCUCACCUUGAUGGUGAUGAUGAUUAUGACUUUGAAGAUGAUGAUGAUGGUGAGGAGCAAGUAGUGAUUCAUAAAAAGGGAAGAUCUUUGAAGAAGUUUGAUGGUAAUGGAAAGUCUAAGAAGAAAUCAAGAGUAGUUGUUGAGGUUGAGCAAGAAGAUGAUACUAGGCAAAGCCUCAAAAGCCUGAAGCUUUGAGAAAGAUGAUGAAUAAAAUUUUUUUUUUUUUAAUAUAAAGCUAACAUGUUAGGUACAUUUACAAAUCAAAACCAUUUAUUUGAAAAGAAUCUUGCUUUUUGUUUUAGAUUUUGUCACUGUGAUUCUUUGUAUUCUAAGAGACACAUCGAUGGAUAUCAAUACAUUUUAUUAUCUGCACA